CUGGAUGUCACGAGUCCUCCACCAGGUUUCCUGCACGUCUGUGGCCUUUCUCCCCACAGAACUUUCCCCUCAUCAGUAUCUCCUAAAACUGAUGUUUAAUUGAGGUAAAAUCAGAGUUACAUAGAAAUCAAUUUUCCUCUACCCAGCGUGAGUGGGCGGGGCCUCUAUCCGGAAGCGGAAGUGCUGGCCGAUGCCUGCGAUUUCCACUGUAGCCAUGGAGGAGUCUCAGUUCAGGGAGCCCGUGCUGGACGCCAAGUCGGAGGUCACCGGCCAGGUGAGUGGCCGCCCCGCAGUGGCCGCCGCCGGGGGCGCGCGGUCCCCGCCCCUGCUCGCCGACCCUUCCCGGGGCUGGGCUUCCCAAUUGCACCCGAGGGGACAGCCGCUGUGACUGUCAUUUACACUGCCCUGCCCCUAGAGUGCAGCCCGAGCGUUGUUCCACUUUUAUUAGGCAACCUUUAUUCCAAGCUUAUAGAUUUCCAGUGGAAACUGGGAAUGGCUGUGAGUUCGGACAGCUGCAGAUCGCUCAAGUAUCCUUAUGUGGCAGUGAUGCUAAAGGUGGCGGAUCCUUCUGGCCAAGUAAACAGCAAGUCCAUCGAAAUGACAAUCCCACAAUUUCAGAAUUUCUACAGACAGUUCAAGGAAAUUGCUGCUGUUAUUGAGACUGUGUGAGAACUGAUUCGUGAUUCUAAAGUCAUGGACUCUCCCUUCCAAAAGAGAACUGUAUAUGGAUCACAAGAUAUUUAUACAGUGAAAAUUGUGCUUCUGGGGUUGGAGAGAUGGCCUGGAGGUUAAGAGCACUGGCUGCUUUUCCAGAGGACUAAGGUUCAAUUCCUAGCACCCACAUGGAAGAUCACAACUGUCUGUAACUCCAGUUCCAGGGGACCCAACACAUGCAAGCAAAUUCGGAUGCAUUUAGAAUAAAAAUAAUUAAAAAAUAA